AUGACGCAUGAAAAUGGCGGUACCGCUGCUGAUCCCGCCGCCACCGCCGCCGCUGCCGUUUUCGCGGCUCCCUCUGACUUCAACGCACCGUCGCUACCAAAAGGGAUGGAUCCGGUCUACUACGCCCUAAGCCUGCUGCGUCGCCGUCGGCUGGAGGAGUGCAUCGCCGUUUCGACGCACUACCUUGCAGUCCUCCACGAAACGAUGCUUCAGACGUCGCCGACGCAGCAGCAACAGGCAGCUGGUGGGGCUGAGGCGCUGCGGUUUAUCCAGACAAGAGCGCUCAUUAUGCAAAACUGGUUUGACGAGCUCGAUGUGGAGGGCGACGGCGUAGACGAGGUGUUGCUGGAUGGGGAGCAGACCGUCGCCUCCACGGCGCAUCGCCCCGGCACUUCCCUGCAGCGGCCUGGUCGUUCAGCAGGGAUGCGCACUGCAACAGGCAUGGCGCAGUGGCGGGACACCGCACGUCCCACUAGUAGUCGCUAUGGAUAUGCGCGACCCGGAACGCAAAGCAGAAAGCGUCCAGGCACAGUCUCCGCGCGCCCAUUCACGUCAAGAAUGAUGCGCAUUGGAACGGCGUCCCUGCAGGCUGUCUCUGAUGGUCCUCACAUUGACGUGCAGAAGUUGAACCUGGAGCAGUACGGUCGGGGGACGCCUGUGGUGGCGAAACUUCUCUGUGACUUUUUGCUGUAUGUGGAACACCGGCCGAGGAUGGUGCUGGAGCUUGGGAGCAUCGCCCUGGAGCGACAGCCAAAGGACUGGUGGUGGAUGUCGCGUAUGGGGCAGGCGUACUACCGCCUGGGUCUUCUUCGCGAGGCGGAGCGGCAGUUCAAGGCAGCGCUUGCCAUUCAAGAGAACGUGGCCGACGUCAUGCGGCUCGCCAAGGUGUUUAUCAAGAUGGAUCAACCCCUCACAGCCAUGGAGGUGCUUUCUGACGCCUCAGAGAAGAAUUGCAUGGACCACCAAAUUCUUCUCCACAUGGCACGUCUGUACGACCAGCUACAUGAUACAACAAGGUCGUGCCAGUUGUACCGCCGUGUGCUGCAGCUGGACAGCAGCAACGUGGAGGCAAUCGCCUGCAUUGCGGCGUACAUGUUUUACGACAAACAACAACCCGAGGUUGCAUUGCGCCUGUACCGUCGUCUGUUGCAAAUGGGGGUGCAGACGACGGAGCUCUGGAACAAUCUGGGCCUAUGCUGCUUUUACAGUUCCCAGUAUGACAUCGCCCUCAGUUGUUUGCAGCGCGCGAUAGCCACUGCAACAGAGGACGGGACGUUGGCUGAUGUGUGGUAUAACGUUGGGCACGUGGGCAUUAGCACCGGUGACUUGGGCCUCGCCCACCGUGCCUUUAAAGUCGCACUCAGCACCAACCCGCACCAUGCGGAGGCACUAAACAACCUUGCGGUGCUGAAGCUGCGUAUGGGACAGGUGGAGCAGGCCGUGAACGAUCUCGCCAUGGCCGUCGAGAUCUCGCCGGAGCAGCAUGAGCCUCUGUACAACUUGGCUCUUCUCUCGUUUAGGGCGGGGAAUUUGGGGCGGGCGUACAAACUCCUGGAGCAGGCGUUGGAGGUGUGUCCGGACCACCCGGAGAGCGUUGAGCUCCAGGCAGCACUGCGGACAUCGUUAGCGACGCUGUAG